AGCUGGGCCCUAACAGAGAUGGAGGCUGUGCAGAGCGGAUGCUGAAGCUGACUUUGCUUCCAAGGCCCCGGUAGGGGGGAAAUCAACCCCCUGGCAGCAGCUUCUCUCCGGGGCCUCCCUGGCGUGCUGAGUGGGGAAGCUGAAGGAUUCACACAGCAGGCUGCUAAAUCCAGAGUCAGUGCCUGAUGGUCAGCGCUAUAACGGAGGCUAAUAGGAGCCACAGGUACUCAGCGCCUUAGAGCAGUGGGCCGAUGAGAUGGAAGCUCCCCCAGCUCCCUGGCUGCAGAGGUUUGACAAGCCUUCCCGUCUCCUCCUCCACACGCUGACGUCCGGGCCGUGCGGGGCACUGGCUGCCUUCCGAGCCCUCCAGCGCAUCCGGGCCUGCGACGCGCCAGGGCAGGCGUUCCAUUGGCAGAUCUUCACCGAGACCUUGUGUGCUGAAGAGCCCGUGCUGCGGGGGCCCGAGAGGACCCUCACCCUGAGACCGAUACUGCUGCUGCUUCCCGUGCUGUGCCAGAGAAAUCUCUUCUCCCUGCUGCACAUGGUGCAGGGCAGUGUGCCGAAGGACUGCCUCAGCCAGCUGCUUCAGGCUACCAGGAAAGAUCCCAGCCCAGACCUCUGGGUGCAGGCCCUGCGGGAUCUACUUGAGAGGGGGCUGAGAGAAGAGAGGAGCUGUUGGACUCCACUUCCGCUGACAGACACGUGCCGGCAGCAGCUUAAAACUCUGUGCCAGAAGAUCGUGGGUGGCACUCAGAGCAAACCGGACUUGGAAAGGAAACAGAGUUGGUUCAUCCAGGAGCAUCCAGGCCCUGAACUCUGGCUGGCUGGGGAUGCGACCGACUCUGCAUCACAGCUUAGGAAACGCAAGCAAGUAGCUGAGGAAAGUCUGGACCCCGAGGGGGAGAGGCAGAGGAAAAGGUCCCGGUUGGAAGAGGAGGAGUUAGACCUGGAACCUCGGGCAGGAAGCACCUUUGUGAAAGGAGCUGGUGCUAGGGAAGAUGAGAUUGGUAUAGAGGUAUCUGGACGUGGGUCCAUUCAGAGCCAAACCAGGGGGGCCAAUGAAAAUGCCCAGCCGGAUGCCAUCAUGGAGACAAGAGAGGCCAGUCAGGGUUGCCAGCGGGACGCAGCAGCAAAAGUCCCUGAUUUUAUGCAGAUGCACGUGCCUAGACUUAAGAUGCUGCUAGAGAUGGAGUCAAAUCAAGCAGAUGGGACUGCCCCUCCCGAACUGCAGAUCCUGAACGAAUGCACCCCUGGCCAGCUGGAGGGACUGUGCUCAUUACUCCAGCUCUCACAGUAUCCGGAACGUGUCCUUGUGCAUUUCUGCACCUGGCUGCUCGCUCUCACGCCCGAGCUCAGCUACACUAACGCCGUGGUGCUGACGGAGCAGCUCUUCCUCCAGCGGGUUCUCUCGCUGGCCCAGCCGGCCUCCCGUCAUCUCAUGGCUGCGCUGACCUCGUUCUGCUCCAAGUAUGCUCGCCCAGUCUGCUGUGCCUUGAUCACUCCAGUCCUGCGGGCCUCGGGGGCAGGCCCUGAGCGGAUGAAGCUAGUGUGCGAGCUGAUAGAGGACAGCCUGGAGCCAGAGUAUGUGAGGCUGGUACUCAGCCAGGUCCUGGAGAUGCCGUGGUCAGAGGAGCUCAUCACUGUUGUGCAGACAUUACUGGGAAGGCAGGUGGAGCUGCCCCCUGAGCUCUUUAACCUCCUGGUCCUGAAACUGUGCCGGCUGGCCCAGGAGUUUGCUAAGUCAAUGAAUUACACCAAGCUGAUGAUGGCUGUGCUGACCAUAUACAGCAGCAAUAUUACUCCAGCCCAUCGGAGACAUUUGUCUGGUGCUCUGGAUCUCAACCACACAGCUCUCCGGAAAUCUCUGCAGGCUGCCCUGGAACAAAUGGCUCCCAGGUGAAGUUGCCCAUCCUAAUGGAACGGAGUGGUAUAAAUGUCUGCCUUCUCAGACUCCAGCCACCAAGGGUCUGUGCAUGGCCCUUCAUACACCAGUGACUGUGACAAGCCCCCUCUGGCACAGGAGGAGGACAGCUUCCAGAGCUAGAGUUAGAGCCAGCGUAACGGAGCCUUGGAGAACAGGUCGUGCCAAGUAGUGUCAGACUGGUGCCUGCAGAAUACGCCUGAAACAGAGACAUCUGUUGAGUGACUCUAAUGGGCAAACCUGAAAGCCCCUUCAACUAAAGAUUCUGUGUAUGGAAAAUCCCACAGCUGAGGAAGAUCUACAAUUCUAGGAGAACUCCCAGCGUAGCUCCCCUUAUUAAUACCCCACCUGCCCCAGGUACCCCUGCAUUCCCACUUGGGCUGUUUUCUUGCAUAAAAACCCUUCAGACAUGGGGGGGCUCACUCUGUAUUUUUGGAUCUCCCAACGUGGAGGGUUUUCCUGGCUAAUCUAGCUUAGAGUUGAGCAAACCUCUCUUUAGAGCUAGUGAAACUAGUUUGGAUAAUUAAAUAACUUGCUCUCCCCUAGAACGUAAACUGGACCUUCCUUGAGGUUCAAAGAUGACUUGGCCUUUUCACUUUCUCUUCCUGCGGCUGCCUCCACAUUCUCCUUGGAAGUGCAAAAAUAUCUGAUGAGGCCAGACUAUGAGCAAGUGGCUCUAAAAGUCUCUUCUCAUGAAACUUGCAGCAGAUGGUUUUGAUAAGCUUGUGAUCUCCGGGGUGUUUAUGUGACCUGGAGAUGUUAUUGGUUAUCCCAUAAGUACAGAUUAUAAAGCGAGGAAUUAAAUGCUCGGGGCCAGGGUUCUGAAGUGUCCGUUUCCCCCACUGCCCUCCGAAAAGGGCUUUAUCCCAUGUUAUCUCAGUAAAGGAGACACCUUGCCUCUGCGUGCCUUCAGGAUUCCAUCUUGUCCCUUGUGCUCACUCCCUUUGGGUUCAUUAAACAUCCCAAGUGCUAUUAUUUGCUCACGGAAGCAUUUGUACCCGUUGGGUCCAUCUAAAACCUGAAAGAAAAUACAUUUGUAUUCUUUCUACUUGUGGGUAUUGUCUUUUUUCCUUUGUCAAAGCAGUAUAAUAAAACAGAUCAUUUCA